AUGCUGACCACACGUGACAAAGGUUUUUGCAUUCCAACGAGUGUAUAGCUGUUGCUGCGGGCCCUAGACGCGGCAAGGAUACAACCAUUCAGAUCCUGUUCCGAUGACGGCCAUCUCGAACGCGUACGAGUGUACCUUCCAUUUGAGAAGGUAUCACAGCCUCUACUACACUCUCGGUUCUGCCUCGUUCUCCUCGGCAACAAUCCGAAAUCUCUUACAGCGUUUAUCGUUUAUUCACGACUUCUACUCAGAGGUCGAGCUUCACGACGCAAGGAUUCUCGAGUUCGGUGGUGGACCUACGAUUUACAGCCUCAUCAGUGCGGCUCCUUACACUAGAGAGAUUGUCUUUACCGACAUCAAUUCGCAAGCACUCGAAGAGAUCAGGCGUUGGAAGGAGAGCCAGCCGGAUGCGUUGGAUUUUAGUGACGUCAUUGGUUACGUGGUCGGGGAGCUAGAGAAAAGGGACCCAGAAGAAUGUCUACGUAGGACUGAAAGUCUAAAAAAAUUGAUUACGAGAUUGGUGAAGUGCGACUUCCGGCAACCACACGAGCUCUUCGAAGAAGACAAGAAUCCUCAGUUUGACGUCGUUUCCGUCCAUUUCUGUCUGUGUUGUUCGGCCUCUCUGGAUGAAUACACAAGCAACCUAGUAAAAUUAUCCAAACUGCUACGACCGGGAGGAUAUUUGCUGCUGUCGGAUGCGUUGGAGGAAAGACGGAAGAAAGUAGGUGAUGGCAUAUUCUCUAGCAGCCUGUUUCUGACUAAAGACGCCUUGCUGGAGUCUAUCAAACAAUGUGGGUUGGAAAUUCAUCAAGUUAGCCUGCUAGAGGACUCGUGCACUGAACUCUCGGAUACAACCAAGCGAAUAACUCUAGCAGCCAAGAAACCUUGCUAGUACAAUGUAUUUAUGUUAUAUUACUAGUACUACCUGCCCUACGGGCGGUGGCAAUCUGAG